CCAGAAAUAAACUAGUCCAGCGACCUUGGACGGGAUUCAACUUCGUUUCCUUGAACUAAUUGCUCGAAACGCCAUCGCCAGCAUUACACUGGUUCAGUAACUGAAUGUAACCCCAGUCACAUCGAACAGCUGCUGCUCUUUCCUUGCGCACCUGCCAUUUUAAAGCAGCCAAGCUCCCUCAUUAGACGAACCGUUCUUCUCCUCUAAAAAAAGCAAACCCCACAUUUUCUUUUAAAAAAAAACCCACACACCAAGAUUUGCUUAGGGGAGCCCGCUGUGGUACCCGAGAUUCCUUUGCGCCAAAGACCAUGCUUAGGACCUGUGAUGCUGCAGACUUUCCAGCUACACAGCACUCGGGGGGUACUGCGGGCUCUCCGAAUCCAUCCCAACAAGCAGCCGAACUACGGAUCACCCUCGUGCCCAGGGGAGACCAGGCGGGGAAGCCAUAAACCAUUUCUCCUUUCCCCUCCUCCGGCUCGCCAUUGUUCCCGCCCCUUCGUCUCGGCUUGCUGCUUACAGCGGCCGCCGUUUUUAUCCCAGCCCCUUCCCCUUCCGCCGUCGCCUCCAUCUCAGGCUUAUUUGGCGCCUCGCUCUACCCUCCCCGAGGGCCGCCGACGCCUGUCCAUCUCUGUGGGAAGACUCCCAAGGCCCCCGGCGCCAUGUCCCGCUACACGCGGCCUCCCAACACCUCGCUCUUCGUCAGGAAUGUGGCGGACGCCACUAGGCCUGAGGAUUUGCGCCGUGAAUUUGGUCGAUAUGGCCCUGUAGUAGACGUAUACAUUCCGCUUGACUUCUACACAAGACGCCCAAGAGGAUUUGCUUAUAUACAGUUUGAAGAUGUUCGUGAUGCAGAAGAUGCUCUUUAUAACCUCAAUAGAAAGUGGGUAUGUGGCCGGCAAAUUGAAAUACAGUUUGCACAAGGUGAUCGCAAAACACCAGGUCAGAUGAAAUCCAAAGAGCGUCGCCAGUGUUCUCCAAUGGAUUAUAGAAGGUCAAGAAGCCGGAGCCGAAGAAGGACACGUAGCAGAAGCUCUUCAUGGGGCUGGAGCAGGAGACACUCUGACAGUUUCAAAGAGUCAAGGCAUAGACGGCAUUCUUACAGCCAAUCUAAGUCUCGCUCAAAAUCUCUUCCAAGGCAUUCCAGCUCACCAAGACGAUCAAUCACGCCCCAAAGGAAUUCUGGUUCUAGGGGAAGAUCACGAUCAAAGUCAACCCAGAGGAGUUCAAAAUAUGCUGAAAAGUCGCCGCCUAGUUCCCAUCGAAGGCGUUCCAGUUCAAGAACAAAGUCACGAUCACAUCUAAAACGUUCAGGGUCACCGGUUCGAUCCUUGUCUAAAUCUCCACGAAAGCAUACUAAUUCCAGUUCUCGUUCACACUCUCGGAGUUUCUAUCAGAGAAAUAGUAACCAGUCAGUAUCUGAAGAAGAUUAAUAUCUUUAUUUGUUUAGUACAGUUUUUAUGAGCACAAAAUAAAGAGAACAAAAAUUGUCCACAGCUUAUCUGCAAUGAAAGGUGAAUUAAAGAACUUGCUGUAUUGUCCUUUGGUCUAUGCUGCAAAGUGCAUGGACCUUUGAAAGGUUUUCUGUUACAUUUAAAGAAAUCUGGCCUACUUCUAGUCCAUUUACAUGUAAAGCUCACUUAUGCUUUUAUUUAAGCUCCAUGCAUCAGUGCAAGUUGGCACACUUCUUCACAUUGGUGGAGAUUCAGGGCCUUGUGCACCAGAUUGUUUCCCUUUUCAGACAGAAGUGUCAUUGGUCCCUUAAUCCAAAUCUUUUGGGCUGCCAAAAUCCUAUGGUAGUAAACUAGCCCUUGCCUAGAAGUGAUACACAGGUCAUUCCCUGUGUUUAGUGCCUGUGUAUGGGGGUGGGAGGUGGGGAAGGAAUCCAUAUAUGUCCUGUUUAUCCUGAUGAGAACAUUACAGCAGACAUUUGCCCUGCAAAGAUAUACCUGGGCUAGGCCUGAGCUGCCCAACAAACAGUUUUUUUGCUAUUGAUCUUACGCAGACUGGAUUGGAUAAGGCUGUUUUGUUUCCCAUUGUUUUGGUGCCUUUUGUUGUGGGAGUGAGGCGAUCUGACUCCAAUUGAAGACAGCCAUUCUUGGAUGAUACUCAGAUAAUUGGAACUUAUUAUUGAAUUUUUUUUUUCAAAUUAAAGCAGUCUGUUUUGUAGAUUAGAGGAGUAUGUUAACAGGGUAGUAUAGAAAAAUUUGUAUAACAUUGAGUGUUCUGAAUUCAAUCUGAUAUAUAAAUGUCCUGAUUCAGAAAUCUGUGAGACAUCAUAAUUGUUAUUAUUUUGGAUUUCUGUUUUCUAUGCCCAAUUCAUAAAUAAGAAGUGCCAAGAUAUUAUUUCUUUCCUGUAACUGAUAAAGUUGUAUAUAUGAAUUUCUGGAUUGGGCAUAGGACCAGAAAAGAGAUAGAAUGGACUGGGUGUUUGGAGCAAACAUGCAGCAGAAAUGGUAAAAGAAACUUUACCACUCCAUAUGGGAGUUAUCAUAACUUUGAGUUAUCAUAACUUUAUGGUAGUCAACCCAUUUGACUGUUCCCUAUGUAAUAAAGACCUUCACUAAAAAUAGAAAAUGAGCUCAGUAGGCAAAUCUUGCUUCGUGAUGUUCUCGCAUUCUGUUUCUACUGGGUCUCUAAGAUAAGAGAAAAUGAGAAAUAUUAUUACCAACACAUUCUGGUAUAUAUGCAGAAAGAUUACUGUAAAGUGGCCUCUUGCGCAUGCAGAGUAGUAGAUGAUGGUCAGGUUGUCAAUCACUGGAGUGAGACUAAUGCUUAUGAGAAAGGAGGUCAAAUAUGUAUGUUGGAGAGUUUAAAAAUAGGAAGUGAUUGGUUAUAUAAGGUCAUUUGUGAAACUAAUAUACAUUGUUAAGCACAUGAUUUUCAUGUGUGCUGGAAUGUUUUGUGACACUAUCCUAAGCAGUAAACUUUGUAGUGUAAAACCUUCAUUUUAUUAUGUUCUAUAUUUUAAAAAUACUGUAUUAGGCCAGUAUCAAAGGCACCUUCAUGCAUUUUAAAUUCUGUGCCCCUAAAACUAGAUGACAAUUGGAACAGCUGAAUAUAACAUUGUUAGCUUGUUUAACUGAAAUAACAGAGUUUUCUGAAAAGGUUCUGUAUUUUAAAAUAUAGCAUCUUUGCAUUGUGUAGUAAUGUUUCAGAAAAUAUAAUUUGUAUUUAAAUGAAUGAUAGCUGUGAUGUCUGUUACAUGGUACAAGUACUGCAUUGUAUUACAGAACUGUAGUUUUGGUAAAACCAAGUUUCACUUCAUGAGCAAUAUACAAUUUUGUGUUGAGAGUAGUACUAUUGUUCUUUCAUAACUUAAGAUGUUAUUUUCAAUAAAACAUACAACAUUUGUUUUCACUA